GCAUAAAAGCACAGCGUGAGGUACCAUGGAUACAAGACGGCAAGAGAAAGCUCAUACAGUGGGAAAAGAUGGGUUUGGAAGCAGUGGGAGAUCUAGCCCUCAACGAAAUCCUAUCAGAAUUGGGACCAAAAGAAACAGCCAAAGUGGCAUGUGUUAACAAGCGCUUUAAGGCUUCGGCCACUGAGGAUUCUCUUUGGUCCAAAUUUUGUUCACGUGAUCUUGAUCUCUCUGCUCCUGUUGAUCCUCAAGGCAACCCUGUUCCUUCUUUCAAGUUUGCUUAUGGAUUAUGGCGUGAAGCUUUCAGUAUGUAUCCUUGGCCCCUUGUAAAACGAGUCAAAAGAUGUUGGGACAGACUCAAGAACUGGUUGACUGUAAAUUUUCCGGAAGCUGGGGCUACACUGCAGCAGGGUGCAUCAGAAACUCAAAUUCAGCAGUUGGAGGCAGUCUUGAAAGUGAAAUUGCCACUUCCUACAAGAGUUCUCUACCGCUUUUGUAAUGGUCAAGUUUUCCAAGACAAAGAUGCACCAAAAAGUGCUUUUGGAAAUUCAUUGGGUCUAAUAGGUGGAUAUACUUUUUAUCAUCACUUGGUUAAUGUGUUCUUGUUACCAUUGGAUCGAGUUAUUAUGGAUACAAAACAGAUCAUGCGCCAGCUUGAGAUUUCUGGCAGUUUUAGAAGAAAAUUUAUUGUUGUGGCCAUGUCCUCCACGAUCCAGGAAAAGUUGUUUUUCCUCAAUUGUACAAAUGGCCAACUCUAUGUUGGUACCAGGAAUCUUGCAACAGAUCUAGAAAUGAUGCCUUGUGUGCCUACUGGACUGUUAAGGUCAGUGCAUGAUUUCAACAGUGACCAGCAGCAGGAUGCAAUGUUGCUUUGGUUAGAGGAGCAUGGACGUCGCUUACAAGAUGGCAUUAUCAAACUGCAGGAAGAAGGAAAUGUAAGAGCUAUCUGUCAAUUUCCAGAGAAGCCUCCUCUCUGUUCCACUGCUAUCACCAAUGGUGUAAAGGUUCGUGCCUCUGCUGUUUUUGUGCCAGAGGCAGUUGACCUGGAAGAUAGUUCUGAGAAAUACUGGUUCGCAUAUUCAAUUCGCAUGUCUCUCCUGCCUGAGGGAUGUUUUAUAAAUGGAAUGUACUUUGGCUCUUGCCAAUUGCAAAGGAGGCACUGGAUCAUUUACGCUAAUGGCAAUAUUGUAUCUGAUGUCAGUGGAGAGGCUGUAAUAGGCAAGUAUCCACUGUUGCUUCCAGGUGAGAGAGAUUUUGUAUAUCAGAGUUGCACGCCUCUAUCGACUUCUUCAGGUUCUAUUGAAGGUUCUUUCACAUUUGUUCCUGGCAGGUUGGUGGAUCCAAAAGGAGCUCCAUUUGAAGUUGAAGUGGCACGAUUCCCCCUUCAACUUCCAGACUACAUUUUCUGAUGGUCACUGGAGUUUAAAUUCCUGUAACAAUGCUCACCCAAUAGUUUAUCAUCCUCCUGCUCUUGUUAAUAUGUGUGGCAAAGUUGUCUGCUUGAGAAAGACCUUACUAUAAAUUUGUCAGUUGUGAAGAAAUUACAUGCUUGGUUUGGUUUAUAAAUAGCAUGGGAAGGUACAAGAUUGAAUAUUUAUUUCAUGUUGAAUAAAUAUUCUCAACUUUGCUUCCAAUUUUAGAUGUGAAAUGAGUAACUGUUCUCAUGGUGUCAAUAAUAUUGGAAUUUUUGAA